GCUAAAAUAGGGCGAACCGGUCGCAUCAACUGGAAUCCUCUGGAACUAAAAUUUCUUGAUGCCCAAGCCACCUUUCCAGGGGCAAACUAUAUAUAAUUAUAAAGUCCCUGGGGGUUCCAACAUCCACUUUCACAUAGCGAAUUGAUUGCCAAUUUGAUGAGUCAAAUUUGUAAGCUGUUCAGAUACCGUUCGUAUAUACAGCACACGGAGUUUCGGGUUUAUUGGAAAUUUUGAACCUGAUUAUAGUUGAAGUUUCACGAGUUUUCUCAUGGCAUCUCCCGUAGUUGUGGGAACUAGCAUUGGAGCUGCUGCUUUGGCAGCUAGAUACUUGAUACAAGCAUGGCAAACAUUCAAAGCAGCACCUCGAGUUCGGAGGUUUUAUCCUGGUGGUUUUGAACGGGCUAUGACAAGGCGAGAAGCAGCAUUGAUUCUCGGAGUCAGGGAAAGUGCUGUCCUGCAGAAGAUCAAGGAGGCUCACAGGAGAGUUAUGAUAGCAAAUCAUCCAGACGCUGGUGGCAGCCAUUAUCUUGCUUCCAAGAUUAAUGAAGCCAAGGACGUUUUGUUAGGGAAAACCAAGGGAGCUGCUUCCGCAUUCUAAUUGACAAGUAUUUUGUUUACACCAUUAUUUUUAUUUUCUAACAGCUUCACGAUAGUCAGUAACAUAAAAAGCCUUAUUUGAGGAAGAGGUGAAUUUAUGUCAAUAGUUGGGUGUAUCAACAUUAUAAUUUUCAUGUAACGCAACCAGAAUAUUGUUUUGCAAAUGUGAUUUGCAGACCGGUUUGCAAUAACGAGUUGUAUCCCA